AGUAAGUUACCUUUGCCUUGUGGGACAGAGUUGUGUAGUAGAGCAGCCAGUCAGUCAGAAGCUUAGUAGGUCAGCUCAGCGUUGUCUCUGCCCUCUGCACCACUGGGCUGGGAUCACACUUUCAUCUACUGAGCUGAGACUUGUUGGACACAGAGGCUCCCUGCACAACUCCACCAUGUCUCUCAGGCUGCUGCCUGCUUUCGUUGUGGAUAACGACGACGAUGAUGAUGGUAACUUCACAAAAUGGAUGAGUAGUUACUGGGGUCACGGAGCAGAAGGUGGACACUCCAGGGACAGGAAGCGCAGUUUCAGAAGAGCCACAAAAACACAAGGGGACCGAAGAGCAUCACUCCCAACUGUGUCACAAUUAGACGCCAUGAAGCUGAACAGGCUGCACACAGCGACAAUGGCUCCCAGCCCGAGCCACAUCAAAACCAGGGAGGAGAAGGGGGAGGUGAGGCCCCACCAGAGAGCUCGCCGUGCCUCCUCAGAUGAAAACAGCCGCUCCAAGUCGGGCAUCCCAGAGAACCGCAUCACCACCAUCCCAGAGCUCACAGAGUCAUUCGAGAAGAGACUCUUUCUCCGGGAUAAGAGGACCAUGUCUCUGAUUGAGGACGACAAGUUGUGCCUGAUCUGUCACGAGGACAUGAAGAAGAACGGAGGAGUUCAAGAGCUGCACUGUACACACCGUUUCCACAAAGAGUGCAUGGAGCAGUGGCUGUGGAAAAAGCAGACAUGUCCCACAUGCCGUGUCCAUGUGUUCAUGCCGAAGCCCCUCUACUGGUCUUCGUCCCGCAUCAAAGUCCCAUAAAGAUCCUGGAUCUGCACCUGCAUGUGACCCACUGACCCCCCCCCCAGACCUCCACCACAACUCACUCCUCCUGCAUGAACUCCCGCUGCUCCUUCAACGACAUGUGAGGGUUUAUUCAAAACAGCACUCAAGGAGCAGACUUAAGAUCAUCCUCUGUGUUUGGAGGGGCCCUGGACGCUGUUUUGUCCAGAGACAUUUUAAACUCUGCACUGAACUUGCAGUUUUAUGAAGCAAAUUCCCUUGAGAUUUGUUAUAUCUUUUAAAAUCUGACCUUUUUUUUCUUCCUUUUUGCACUUUUGCACAUCUGAUUUACCUUAAAGCAAAAAUUUGCCAUUUUUGGAUUUAUUCGCUUUCUUGCCAAGAGUUAGAUGAAAAGAUUGACACAAAUAUCUGUCUGUUAAAUAUGAAGCUACAACAGCCAUUUCAAAUGUUAUCACUCAACUAAAGGGGCAUUAUUAAUGCUUAUCAGUGUUGUAGGUCAGGAGGUUCCUGCAGUACUGACUAGUAGAUUCAGAAGCCAGUUAUCAGUGCAUUAAAUGCCUAUUGGCAUCAGGAAUAGUUACAUUAGGUUCCACUUUCACUUAAGUUAGCUUUAGGCGCACAUACUACGAGGUUAGCAGUAGAAAAACAUUGGCUUUAAAUGAGCACAUUAUGUGAAAUGCGCCAUGUUGUUGAAGGCCAACUGUGCAGGAUUUAGCGGCAUCUAGCAGUGGUGUUGCAAAAGAGGAACUUCUCCUGUUUGUCGUUUGCUCCCAUUUGAGAGAAAUAUGGUGCAAAAAUACGAAUGGUGAAGUCUCACUCCGACCUCGUCACAUAUCGACAUUUGGUCAUGGACUUUCCACAUCCAAAUGCAAUGUGCAAGGUAGCCUGGAUGCGUUGGUUGUUGACGUUCUGGGACACUGUGUCAAGUUCUCUUUUCAAAAUACAUUUCCGUUUUCACUGGAAAUUUAAGAUUUACAUACAGUCUCUUUCAAAAUAAAAGCACUACGUCAGUACAACACCGUGAAUUGACAUAUUUUUUCCUUCAACAACACAUGGGUUUGGCUUCACAAUCUUAGAGGAAGUGACCAGACUACCAGGUGAAAGCUGGUUGUUGUUGAACCCACCCCACACGGAAUUUCGCUGCCUUAAAUUUCUUGUUGUGCCACGUUUCCCCAAAUGCUGCCGUUAAACUGUAAGGGUGACCAGCCGUGUAUCAUGUCGCCGUGAAAAGACGACUUUUUUCAUCAAUGUCUGAUGCCAGAAUUCACUGCCCAAGCUCCACAUUUCGAUAACUUAGGAGUGAGACGGAGUGGGUUGAAAUGGCCCUCUCUAGAGCCAGUAUUUGAUUUGUCUGCUAUAGAUUACUGCAAAGAGAUGGUGGACUCUGUGGAAGAGGGUCUACAUCAUACGUAGAUAUAAACAGCUCAUUCUAAAGUAACAAAAACACAACAACUCUAAUUUGCGUUAAUGAAACUGAAAGUCAAAACCAAACCCAGAUUCAUUCUCAUUUGGCUUUUCACCUCGCUAUGCUUGCAAUUUUUUGUCACUGUGUCUUUUGGAUGUGUGCCGCUCACAGUCUGGCACCGGGUCACUGCUUUUUUAUAAAGCCCCGCCCUCACCUGAGCAUUGUGUGGGUAAACGUCCAAAAAGUACAGACAGAGGGCAGAGUCUCUGCAGAUAGAUACACCACCACACACUUCUAGAAAGGCCAUAAUUGAUGAUUGUGAGGAAUCAAUUCUGUGUGAUGUAGUUAUUAUUUUUAGGAAAAUUUUGCAUAGUUCAUUCAUUCAUUUUCUGUAACCCCUUAUCCUGUUAGGGGUCGCGGUGGAGAUGGAGUCCAUCCCAGCUGACAUUAGGUGAGAGGCAGGGUUCACCCUGGACAGGUCACCAGACUAUCACAGGGCCGACACAUAGAGACAGACAACCAUUCACACCUUUUAAUACUAACAUUAUGUGACCUGACUUCCUCAGCCACCGCAUAACAUUAACCUCUGCCAUUUAAUGGGCUGAUAACGGCCUCUGAACCUUCUGUAGCAGGAACCUUCCAAACCAUAUCUAUGAUGCUGAUAACCACAAAUAAUGUCCAUUUAACUGUGAUAACAUUUGAACCAGGCAGCUACAACUAUCUACUGGCCUGCUGUGUGCAGACAUGAUAUCAUGGUAUCAAUCUUCUCACUUUAAUCAACUAAUUUGAUUGAAAGCCCAUGGUUAUUGAUUCCCUUUACUAUUGAAAAAUAAAUAUCUUGAAAAUAAAUUCUUACAACUCAAACUCAUUUUGUUUUCACCUCUCCUUUGUCUGACAAAAACAAAGUUAAUGUUACACUAACUUCCACAGCGUCAUCAGCAUGUUGAGUAUUUGCAUAUUCAAACUAAUUUGGGCAAUAUUUUUUGUGUGCAUGUAUUGUAGACCACGUUAAUGAUAGAACUAAAUCUUGUAUCUGACAAAGGCAUGGACAGAAAAUAAUGCUCACAGCUUCAUGACGAUUAGCUGUGUCAGUCUGAAAGUGAGUAAGAGCAUCUACUGGUUUCAUGCCUGACUUAAUAAUCUUUACUCUGAGGUUAUAAACGUGAACUCCUCCUCCUGAAACAACAAGUCUGUCUAUCAUAUCUCAUUUUCCAUCUGCUCCAUCUUCCUGCCUUAUCUAUUGUUUUGCAUAUGAAAUAUUUUGCAUGUGAAGCCCGGUCGAGUGUCAUCUGUUGAGCAUUCGAGCGUCUCUGUUGUGUAUCUUGUGCUGCCAAAUGAGAGUUAACAGAGCGAGCUAGAUGUCCAACAGGAUCGGGCUGCCUGUGUAUAAAUGUAUCUAUACAAACAUGCAUUUACGUAAAUGUGACUUUAUUUCUAGAUACUGACAAAUAGUUGUCUUUCCAUGUAUUCAUUUAAGUACGAAUAAACCCCUUAAAUCUGCUGUGAUCUUGCAUGGAUUUAUGUCAAACCAAAAUGUCUGCAGAUAUAAUGUGUUAGGAUUAGUCUUUUUUAAAUCUCUUUAAAUGAGAAAUAACAUUGUUACCAAUAUAUAUUUACAAUCCUCUCUGUGGGUUACAAAUUUGGUUUUUGGAUUGUCUUUUAUAUGUUACACAUACACAACAUUUUGAACUAAAAAUACAGACUAGCUGUGUAAAGCCAGCUCCACACAGCCAAGGCUUUUAAGGCUGACAAUCAACACACAACAAUCCAGGAGUACACACUGAUGUCACACUCCCUUACUUAACGCGGUUUGCUUUCAACAAACACACACUUUUCUGUCUUCUGUGUCAUUUACAGCAGUUGGUUUACUGUACUUUCAUUGUUGAGAUUAUAACACUGCAGCCUGUAAAAGGCCAAUAAUAAUAAGUAUUCAAAGGUAUUGAAAUCCUAUAAUAACUGUGGCAAUAACACCAGAUAUUUUGACUCAGCAGGCAAAGCACAGGUGUAACAGAUAAUGUUAAUGAUAGCUCCUUUGCAUCUGUGUGUGCCAGUAAAUCAGCAUGAACAAUAUCUCAGCCCUG